AUGACUUCAUGUUGCUUCCUCAAGAAAUCUGUAUUUCUCCUCAAGAACUUUAUCUUUCAACCUCAACAAGUAAGUUUUUCUCCGAAAUGGCUUCAUGUCAGAGCCAAUCAGAUGGAACAAUCUGAUCAAAAUUUACAAAAACAUGAUGAUUUAAUAAAAGAAAUGCAAACUGAAAUAGAAAAUCUGCAAAAGUUAGAAUUUGAACAACAACAAUUACGAGGACAGCAUACCGAUUUACUGUAG